AUGAUCCUGCGACAUACCCUCUCAAUCUGGGGGUUGUCGCGUGAGCAUGGCCUCCGCGGUUUCACUUCGACAGCCGCACGCCUCGGCAAAGCCUCGAAGGUAUCAAAGGAGCUGGCCUCCUUACGCACUCUCUCGACAGACGACGACCACAAGAGCGCCCGGGCGUGGGUGGACGGCUUCACCCUGGAAGACGUCCCAAAGGAAGAACUGGACGUGUCGUACGCACGCUCGAGCGGACCGGGCGGACAGCACGUGAACAAGACGAACUCCAAGGCGGUCGUGCGCAUCGACAUCCACAAGGCGAAGUGGCUUCCUCCGUUUGUGCUGCCGGCGCUGCAGAAGACUCUCCCAACCAUCCCAGCACCGCCAGGCGCGUACUUCCCCAUGGUCCGCGACCUAUGCCCCACAAAUGGGAGACUGAAGUCAGCUAACGCCCAGCAAUACUACCACGCGCCGAACCUGCUGUUCCAGUGCCAGACGUCCCGCUCAGCCCCGCAGAAUCUGGACCGGGCGCUGUCCAAUCUCCACUCGACCAUCGUAUCCGCCGCCCGGUCCUUAAUCCGCGGUGAGACGAGCCCGGAGCAGCGGCAGCGCGUUGCCGCCCUCGCCGCCGCUGAGAAGGAGAGGCGGAAGGAGUUCAAGAUGAAGGCGAAGGCGAAGAAGGGCGCGAGGCGGGGCGACUUCUAG